AUGGGAACCCGUCGUGUCCAGGGUUUGCUGUUCCUCCUCCUCCUCCUCGGGGCCCCCUCCUUGGCCUUGGAGCAAAAUUUGCACUGUCACAAGGGCAUAUCGAUGAGUGUAGAAGAGGACCCAAGGAAGACGUUUAAUUGGACCACAGAGAACGUUGAGACUUGUGACAGUGGGUCAUUGUGCCAGGAAUCCCUUCUGAUGAUUAAAGCAGGGGCCAAGACAGCAGUUUUGGGCACUAAGGGCUGCGUGGCAGAUGGGACACAGGCGAUAAUGUACGUCCAGCACUCCCCACCCCCAGGCAUAAUCACAGUCUCCUACAGCAGCUACUGUGAGGAGCCCUUAUGCAACAGCAGGCAGAACUUACUGGAGCUGUGGAAGGAGGAAGAGACCCCGGCUCCCAGUAUGUCACCACGCCUCCACUGCCCAACCUGUGUGGCUUUGGGGGCCUGUUUGAAUGCUCCUUCUCUUCCCUGUCCCAAUGAUACAAUUCAGUGCUAUCAAGGAAGACUUCAGAUCACUGGAGGAGGCAUCAACUCAUUUUUGGAGGUCAAAGGCUGUACAUCCAUAAUUGGCUGCAGACUGAUGUCUGGGAUCUUUACAGUAGGGCCCAUGUGGGUGGAGGAAAUCUGUCCAUAUCAGUCUCUCCUUCAACCCCGAAAUACUGAAAAUGGGGCCACCUGGCUUCCUGUUUCGGUUUGGAGGUUAGAACUAGUGCUGCUGAUGUUACUGCAGUAA